AUGGCCCGCCAGGUCGUGUCCUAUGAUGACUUAGACGUGCCACCGGGCGUAUCUUCUGAGGCAGCGCCGAUAGCCCUUACUGCCGAUUCCACUUCUGGAGUGAAUGUGCAUGACGGCGCUGCAACUGCUUCUCCACCCACAAAAAAGAGAAAACACGACGACGGGGGUAACGAAAACGUUCGUGAUAUAGGAGGUGGCUUGGAAAAUUCAUACGUAAACAACCAGACAGGCUCAGAGACUACAGGAAAUCAGCUUUCUAUUCAAGUGCAGUCGAUGCCGCCCAAACCACAAGUGAAAAAACGAAACAGAAACAAGAGACGCUCUGGAGUAGGCAAUGGUGAUACUAUCACGCCUGCAGUAACAUCUAGCACCACCUCCGUUCAUAAUACAUCGUAUGCCGCUGCGCAUUGGGAUGAACCUGGCGCGCAGGACGAUGGAAUUUCAUACGACGACGACGCUCGUGGCGACGCCCGUGGUAUCGAAGAUAUUCAAAAUGACGGCCUUUUGGACGAUAAGAAUGGCGCUGACAAUGUAUUUGACGCAAAAGAAACACAGGAUUUUGAUGACGAUGAGGAGGAGGAUGAGAGCAGGGAACUUACUCAUGAAGAGAUUUGGGACGAUUCGGCGCUUAUUGCUGCCUGGAACGCCGCGAAUGAAGAAUACGAGGCUAUACAUGGAAAAUCAAAGCGCUGGAAAAAGGACCGGGUUCACAAGUCUCCGCUAUGGUACAAUAUACCUCCGGAGAAAUCAAGGGCGACAUCAAGCACACGCAAGAAGAAGGUACAGCAGGAUACAACUCUACCACUUGAAGCUUCAGGAGCAACGGAUGAAGCGGAUGAAUCUGUACCAUUGAACUUUGAAACGUUUGUCCCUACUCACGACGCUUCGCUGGCUUUUCCGGGUCCGACAAGCCCGCCGGCAGUGCCGGAGGUAACGCAGGCCAAUCUAAGAAACAUUACGUCUCACUAUUCUAUGAUGUUACCUGCUUCUACAUUUCCGACUGCACAUGGAUCUGGUGACACUUCAACUUCAGCGAACCUCCACAAUCAAAGUGUCGCAUUGAACCCAGACGAGGCGUUCUCCCGCGCUCUGGGUGCUAUGUAUUGGUGCGGAUAUUGGACGGCCGUCUAUCAUGUGCAAAGGGGGCACGAACGCGGGACAACCUCUACGGCAAAUAAUAUAGACACAGAGUAUGUCGACGAAGCACAGGAACAGGAACAGGAUAAAGAAGAGGAGUUGGUCUCGACACAACGUUGA